AUGCCACCGAAAACUAAAAAAGAUGAAACGGCCGAGCAAGCGUUGGAAUGUGCUCGUAUUGCACGUAACCGUGCACAAAAAUCAAUAUCGGAUAUUUUAGACGUCGCGAAGUUAUCUAUGAGCAAUACCGAGAAACGGGAACAAUUAUCCGCAAGUUUAAAACGGUUAGAUAAUCUUUUUUCCCAUUUUCAAGCUGAACAAACUGUUAUUAUUAAUUCAUUGGUCAUUGUCGGUCGUUCCGAUGAAUACGAAUCGGUCGAUUCGCCCGUAACCGAUACCGUCGAAGCCGUUGUCGACGAAAUUUACAGAAUAGUUGAUCGCGUGUCUGAAGCAACCGUGGCUAUACAACCGCUGCCUAUUCGGCAAUCGUUUAGUGCGCUUCCAAAAAUUGAAUUGCCGUCUUUCGACGGGUCCAUAGUAAACUGGUGUGCAUUCCGUGAUAGUUUUAAAUCAUUUGUUCAUGAUGAUACCAACUUCGACAAUAUACACAAGUUUCAGUUAUUGUCACAGAGUUUGACCGGGUCUGCACUAUCCGUAAUUAAAUCAAUUCCAUUGUCCGCGUCGAAUUAUAAUGUUUCAUGGGCGGCGCUCACCGACCGAUUCGAAAACAAACGAUUGCUCGCAACUGCUCAUUUGGACAAACUUUUCACGUUCAAGCCGAUGGCUCAAGAAUCAGUACCAGCCCUGACUGCGUUUUUAAAUAUCUUCAAGGAAAAUGUCUCUACGUUAAAAUUACUCGAAGUCGAAGAUCUCGCGGACUUUAUGUUGUUUUUUUUGGGUUCACGGGUAUUAGAUCCGAAAACACGUCAGUUGUUUGAAGCGGAUGUUUGUCAAUCCACUAUCCCGAAUUUUGAUACUCUCGUUACUUUUGUUCAAAAACGUGUGAAAAUAUUGGAAAACGUCCAGGGUGUUGACAAAACCGAAACUCGAUCUAAUAAAUCUCAGAAAUCCAUCGCACCGAAGUUGGCGUUUACCGCUGCGAGUAAUGCUGCUCAUAAGACUAAAGGUGUGUCGUCGUAUUCGUCAAAAUCGAAUAAGGCAAAACAUUGUACUAUUUGUAAUCGUGGUGAACACUUUCUAUAUCACUGUGCGGAAUUUAAAACAUAUUCCGUGCCACGACGUCGGGAAUACGUUCGAACAAAUAAAUUAUGUUUUUCAUGUCUGAGUUCGACGCACAUGGUAGACACAUGUAAAUCCAAAUACCUUUGUGGAAAAUGUCAACAACGUCAUCACACUUUGUUACAUUUUCCAUCAGAAUCAGAACCUACGACCAGCACCAUUCCGGAACGCGUCUCAACCGAUGGCGGGGAGGGUGGAAGCGUCAAUUCUAAGUUUUCGGGCAUGUCAGCGUCGUCGGGCACUACGGUGUUAUUGGGUACAGCCAUUGUUCGAGUUCUAGAUGCGCGUGGAAAAUAUCAUAUUGUGCGCGUAUUAUUGGACAGCGGGUCUCAAAUUUCGGCAAUCACUACGGAUUGCGUAGCUCGCAUUGGUUUAUCACGACGGAAAUGUGAAAGUGAAAUAGUUGGUCUAUCUCAAAGUCCGGUUACCCAAGUUAGAGGUAGCACGUCUUGUUCGUUCAUACCGCACCAUACAUCGAGUCCAAAAUUUAAUUGCCACGAGUUAAUAGUACUUCCCAAGUUAACGUCUACGUUGCCGUCUACGCCACUACCGACAGAGGUACGCACACAUUAUCAACAUUUGGUAUUAGCUGAUCCCCAGUUCGACACUCCGUCUCAGAUCGACAUGCUACUUGGAGGUGAUUUAUAUCCGUUUCUUAUUCGCUCUGAAUCGAUAGUAAAACACACUGCCGGUUUUCCAUCAGCCAUGGACAGCCAUCUGGGAUGGAUUAUUAUGGGAUUAGUGAACCCUCUUGGAAGGGCUUCGGUCCCGCGUAUAUCAUUGUUGAUUACAUCUAAUCCGUCGAUAGACACUUUAUUACAUCGCUUUUGGUCAAUUGAAGAACCCGGCGCUCCUGCAGUUCCUACCACGGAAGAUGAGCUGUGUGAAAGGUGGUUUACCAAAACUACAUCGCGAGAUGCAAAUGGGCGUUUUUGUGUUGCUUUACCGUUCCGACACCACGUUUUCAUUAAUGACGAGGGAAUUCAAAUAGCCCGUCCAAAGUCCGGAAUUAGGUCGUUAACAUGUCAACUUGGAGAAUCCCGAUCUUUAGCUUUGAAACGUCUACUGAACUUGGAACAUCGCCUCCAAAAGGACAAACUGUUGUACGAGUCAUAUCGAUCUUUCAUGAAUGACUACCUGGCAUUAGGACACAUGAAGGUCGCCACCCGACCUGGUAAAUAUUAUAUACCUCACCACGCGGUAGUGAAGCGGGAUGGCGAUACAUCCAAAUUACGGGUCGUCUUCGACGCGUCAGCAAAGUCAUCGUCAGGGGUCUCUCUCAAUGAUACUCUUUGUGUCGGGCCGAAAUUACAAAAUGACAUAAGUGAACUCUUACUCACAUGCCGGUUAUACAAAUAUAUUUUCAUUGCCGACAUUGUUAAAAUGUACCGUCAGAUCAAGGUCCGUGAUGAAGACUGCGUGUUCCAACACAUCCUUUGGCGCCAUUCCCCGGAACAGGAGAUCCAGGAGUACGAAUUAUUGACAGUUACAUAUGGUUUGAGUUCCGCUCCAUUCUUGGCCAUACGUGUCUUACACGCUUUGGACGCUUGCGCGGAACCACUAUUUUCCGCCGCUAAGGGCGUCUUAACUAAUCAUACGUACGUCGACGACAUUGUGGUUGGACGGAAUACGGAAGCGGAAUUGAGUCAGGUGCAAAAUCUUACAAUAGGACUACUUCGUUCAGCUGGUUGUAGCCUGAAAAAGUGGUGUAGCAAUAGCUCCAGGAUUUUGGACUGCAUUCCGCCUGAAGAUCGAGCUAACUGUCCCUCCUUCGAACCUAAAGAUGAUUCGUCAUUGAAAGUACUCGGCCUACAUUGGGACCCCGUUACCGAUGCCUUUGGUUAUCACACGCAUGUCGAGGACACGCCCAAUACAAAGCGAGGGGUAUUAUCUGCCAUUGCCAGAUUGUUCGACCCCAUUGGUGCUCUAGGUCCGAUGUUAUUGUGGGCGAAAUCAUUCAUGCAACAACUUUGGCAGACACAAUUAGAGUGGGACACUCCGCUUCCGCUACAUCUACAGACAGCAUGGCGUCAUUUCUUGGCAGAGUUACCGUCGUUGAGCAACAUAGAAAUCGCUCGCCAUAUUGACACCAGAGGAUUUCAAGAUAUCCAACUAUUAGGGUUUGCCGACGCAUCGCAGAAGGGUUAUGCUGCUACGGUCUACCUCCGCGUUGUCGAUAGAACGGACAAGGUGUCCAUCUCCCUUGUGACAUGCAAGACCAAGGUAGCUCCCUUGAAAGGAAGUGAAAAGGACGAGUCUCUCACCAUACCUAGGUUAGAGUUAUGCGCAGCCCUCUUGCUGGCUCAAAUGUUGCAACGGCUCUACCUGAAAAUCACAGCUAUUGUUCCGGUUUCAAAAGUGCGUGCGUGGACAGAUUCGUCUAUAGUGCUGUCAUGGCUCACUACCGACCAAAAGUUUUUUAAGAUUUUUGUUACCAACCGAGUAGCCAAGAUCCGUUGCCUACUCCCAGAUUGCGAUUGGUCUCAUGUGUCUACUAUGGAUAACCCUGCCGACCCUUCUUCACGUGGAUUAUUGCCCGACGACCUCGUAGCGUGUAGCUUGCAUUGGAAAGGUCCACCGUUCAUACAUUUUCUGGAAAAGAGUUGGCCAGGGCCACUCAUCCAAUCGCUCAGUCCUCAACACUUACCUGAGGUGAAGAAUACGUCCGCGUGCGUAUUGGUUGUACGUGAAGCGCCGAACUUUGAUAACUUUUUACUUAGAUUUUCAUCGUGGUCUCGUCUUCAACGAGCAUUAGCAUAUGCUUUGCGCUUCAUAGAUCGAGUAAUUCUUAAGCGCCCUACUGACGCAGACUGUCUCAUACCAGAUGAAUUGCAGCGUGCCAUGCGACUUGCCGUCCGAGUCACUCAGCGAACACAUUUUCAAGAACUCCUAAAACAGCUGGCCAAACCCAACCACAUAGUAACCCCUCCUACUAUGGCUCAACUAGCUCCUUUUCUGGAUCAUACUGGUUUAAUUCGAGUAGGCGGUCGGCUGCAGCGAUCAAUGUUGAGUGACGAUGCGAAACACCCGUAUUUACUGCCGAAAGAAUCUCAUGUCACAUCACUGCUCAUCACCGCAUUUCACCGAAGUUUAUUACAUGCAGGACCGAAACUCAUUAUCGCGAUGUUACGUCAGGAAUUUUGGAUUGUGUCGUGUCGAGGGGCCGUCCGCCGUGUCAUUUUUAAGUGCGUCACAUGCACUCGACACAAAGCACUACAUCCAACACCCCGUAUGGGCAUACUCCCAGAAGCUCGGGUUCAUUCGGUCCGCGCGUUUUCUAGUGUGGGCACGGAUUAUGGAGGACCAUACCUCAUUAAAGAAUGCAAAAGACGAAACACGAAGACCCCUAAGGUUUACAUCGCAUUAUUUGUAUGCAUGGCCACUAAAGCCAUACAUGUUGAAAUUGUCUCUGAUUUGACGACUGACGCCUUUCUCGCCGCCCUAGACCGAUUUAUUGCACGCCGGGGUGUACCAGCACAUGUGUUUUCUGAUUGCGGCACGAACUAUAUUGGCGCCGCCCGUCAACUGAAACUUCUGUUACGCAACAAGGACGUCCAGACUCAAGUAUCCACACACGUAAUUUGUAACUGGCAUUUUAAUCCACCAGCCGCACCACAUUUUGGCGGUCUCUGGGAGGCGGGUAUCAAAACUGUGAAGUUCCACUUGAAACGAGUGAUUGGUUCUCAGGUGCUCACCUAUGAAGAGCUCGAGACAUUAUGUGUUCGAGUCGAAGGAAUUCUAAACUCGCGUCCACUCACUCCAGCUUCCAUGGACCCACAUGACUUAACGGCCUUGACACCUGGACAUUUUCUCAUCGGACAGCCACUUCUAGCAGUACCGGAGGAGAACAUCACCGAGGUUCCAACAAAUCGGCUCACACGUUGGCAGCUCCUUCGACAGCUGCAUCAGUCAUUCUGGAAACGCUGGGCACAGGAAUACCUAAAUACGUUGCAGAGUCGUCAAAAAUGGACUGCCAUCCAGGACAACCUCAAGGUGGAUGAUCUCGUGAUUGUUGAGGCUCCAAAUCAACCCCCUUCCGUGUGGCGAAUGGGACGCAUCACAGCGGUCCACCCAGGUCCUGAUAAGACGGUCCGCGUUGUCACGAUUAAGACACAAGAUGGGGAGAUGAAGCGACCAGUCGUCAAAGUGGUCAAGUUGCCAACCGAUGGGUAG